AUGCCUUCAAAGAAAAAUAAAGGCAUCAGGAUUCUGCAUGAUAUUGAAGUAUUGAAUGCUGCCAUUGUAGAUAUUAAAUUUAAUAACAUGUCACUGAGAAAAGCAUCUAAAUUUCACAACAUACCUCUGACCACUCUUCAUGACAAAAUAAAAGGAAAACAGCCUUUAGUUCCCAAACGAUCACUUUUAACCAUAGGUGAAGAGAAACGAUUAGCGCGAUGGCUAAUCGAAAUGGCACAACGAGGCUUUGGAAAAACUCGUGUUGAGGUUAGGGAGACUGCAAGGGCCAUCAUUGCUGUGCGAAAUAAGACUAUAGAAAGUCAAGAUCUGGAUAAGGUACCUUUGCCAAGUACACAAUGGUUAAAUGGAUUUUUCUCCCGACAUCCCGAAAUUUCUUCAAGAACACCCAUGCCCCUCUCAAAAGAAAGAGCUGUAGUCACACCAAAAGCUAUAGAAAAAUGGUUUAUGGAUUUCCGACAAACCAUUGAAUCAAUAGACCCAACAAUAUUUACAAGCCCUAGUCGCAUCUUCAAUGCAGACGAAACUGGCUUUGGUUUUGAUGUCAAAAGCAGGCAGGUUAUAGCAUGUAAAGGCAGCAAAAACGUAUACAACAUAACAGCUAACACUAAAAAACAGGUCACUGUAUUGGCAUGCUGUAGUGCGGCAGGUGAGUACAUGCCACCAUUACUGAUUUAUCCCUACAAACGGGUGCCCAAACACAACCUACUUGAUGCAUUUCCAGAAGCAUUAAUUCAGCUAUCAGAUAAAGGCUGGAUGACAGCAGCUGUUUUUUUUACAUGGUUGAGAGACGUUUUCAUCCCCUCUACAAAUCACCUCACUAAGCCCAUCUUGCUUCUUGUUGAUGGGCAUGCAAGUCAUACAUCCCUUUUGGAAACCUCUACUAUAUGCCAUGACAACAAUAUCAUCUUGUACUGCCUUCUUCCUCAUGCCAGCCAUAUCAUUCAACCCCUGGAUCAGGCAUUUUUCAGCUCAGUAAAGUCAGCCUGGCAGAAAGCUGUCAGCAAACAUAUAUCAGUUACUGGUGCAGGAGUUAAUUUAGAAUCUUUUUCUGGAGUUUUAAAGACAGCUUGGUACAAAGCGGCCACACCAGAAAUAGCCUCUAGCAGCUUCAGGGCUGCCGGUAUUUUCCCUUUUAACCCAGACAUGAUUAUAAGUUCCCAAAAAAUGUGGCCUAGCAGAUCUUUUUCAUAUGAUGAUGCCAUUGUGCCAGAUGUCUCAGAAGCACCAUCGCAAUGUAGGCCUGAAUCUACAGAACCUGAAUAUACGGAAUUUGACCUGAAUGAAUCUUCAUUAAAUAUCUACUCCCUUGUGCCAAAUGUAUCGGAAACCCCAUCGCAACAAAAAUCAACAGAACCUGAAUCUACGGAAUUUGAUAUGAAUGAAUCUUGA